AUGACCACCAACGAUAAUAGCGUCAGUAGCAUCAAUAUAGAGAAAGGAUAUGAAGAAGAUGAAGACAACUAUGUACUAGAUGAAGAAGUAGAAGAUAAUACUAAUAAGUAUACGAAUAAUAAUAAUAUAUAUAUAAAUAUAAAUGGUAAAAAUAAUAGUAAUGAUGCUAAUAAUAUACUUUGCAAGAAUACUGUUGUUCCACCUUUAAAUUUUUGUCCUGUGGAACGUUAUUUGUAUAGAUCUGGUCAACCGUCACCAGUAAAUUUCCCCUUUUUAGAUACCUUAAAUUUGAAAACUAUAAUAUGGUUAAGUAAUGAGGAUCCACAGGACGCUUUGUUAGAUUUUUGUGAAUUAAGUCGUAUCGAAUUACAAUUUGCGGCAAUCAGUCCAGAAGGCGGUGAGGAUGAUAAUCCAUGGGAUGGUUUAACUGAACAUUCGAUAAUUAAUGCAUUGGAAACUAUAGUCCAAAAAAAAAACUAUCCAUUAUUGGUAUGCUGCGGAAUGGGGAGGCAUAGAACCGGCACUGUUAUUGGUUGCUUGAGAAGAAUUAUGAAGUGGAAUCUAGCAAGUUGUAGUGAAGAGUACAGGAGGUUUACGGGUAGUAGGGGUGGUAGAAUAUUAGUAGAAUUAUUAAUUGAAGCUUUCAAUACUGACUUAGUAGAGAUCAAUGAGAAUGAAGCUCCAGAUUGGUUAUUAAACGCUGUUAAUGGGGGUAAAGAUAAAGCAUGA